AUGUCUGACAGCGCUGAACUUGCAUUCGUUAAAGCUCAUCUCAAUAACAUCGGUUCUCUACCUGUUCAGUAUCCGGAUGAUUACCAACAGCCACCUCAUAAUUCGUUAAAGAAAUUACCUAUAAUUCCAGUCGACUUGCCAGAGCCACCUGCACGGAAAGUCGAUGCGGAAGCUUCCACUUCUUCUGGUACGCUUAUUUACCUGGUAUUUAAAGUUACCAAGCCCGCGCGCACAUUCAACGUCUCUGUCCUUCCCACCGACGCAAUCUCCUCCAUCAAGUCUCAGCUCGCCUCUCAACCCGGUGCACCACCACCAGACGCCCAGCGCCUCCUGUUACGCGGUAAGGCGCUCGCGGAUAACAAACUUCUUAAAGAAUAUCCCGUAAAAAGCGGUGAUACGGUCAACUUGAUGCUAAAACCGGGUUUCGAAUGGGACUGGGACACUACUGCUGCUGCUGUUUCUGCUUCUCCCGUGCCGAAAGAUGGAGAUGGAGAUACGCAGAUGUCGCUUGAUCCUCAGUCUCAAAAUACUGGUACUGGUAACCGGGGAAGACAUGGCCGGAUACCUUCUGUUGUACUUUCUCCAUCACCGUCGCCGUCUAUGAAAUCCCUCCCGCUUGAUAAUCCAACUUCACCUAUUCCGCUCACGCUUGAUACGUCCAACAUCCCGUCUGCUGCUGAGACGACGAUCCUCGAUGCUUAUCAUAAACGGAUAACGUCACCGGAAUUCUGGGAUCGGCUGUAUAGCUUCUUACGAUCCGAGUUCCCCCAAGCAGGAGACGCAGACCAAGCGUUCGAAGCUUUCUUACUCGGUAGCAAAGGUUCGCUAUCACCGAGUGACAUCGCGAGGAUUAGGGACACGAUUGGUAUCACAGGCAUGAAUGGGAGUUAA